CUCUGCCUCGGGCUCGGCCGCGCCCUCGGGGCCGCCAACAUCCUCCUCCUCCUCAUGGACGACAUGGGCUGGGGGGAUCUGGGAGCUUUUGGAGAGCCUUCUAAGGAAACUCCUAACCUGGACCAGAUGGCUUCAGAAGGGAUGGUUUUCCUGGAUUUUUAUACUGCCAACCCCCUCUGCUCUCCCUCACGGGCAGCACUGCUGACAGGUCGUCUCCCAGUCAGGAAUGGAUUUUACACCACCAAUGCUCAUGCCAGGAAUGCCUACACCCCACAGGAUAUCGUAGGAGGAAUCCCAGAGGCCGAGUUGCUGCUUCCAGAGCUGCUGAAGAAAGCUGGUUACAGCAGUAAGAUCAUUGGCAAAUGGCACUUGGGACAUCGGCCCCAGUUCCACCCCCUGAGACAUGGCUUUGAUGAGUGGUUUGGAUCACCCAACUGCCAUUUUGGACCUUACGAUAACAGAGCUUUCCCCAACAUCCCUGUGUAUAGGGACUGGGAGAUGAUUGGCAGAUACUAUGAAGAUUUCAAAAUUGAUCUGAAGACAGGUGAAUCCAACUUGACUCAGUUCUACCUGCAGGAAGCUCUCAGCUUUAUUAGCAAGCAGCAGGCCAGCCAGCAGCCCUUCUUUCUCUACUGGGCCAUUGAUGCUACUCACGCUCCUGUUUAUGCCUCCAAAGAGUUCCUGGGCUCCAGUCGGAGAGGACUAUAUGGGGAUGCUGUGAAAGAGAUUGAUGAUAGCAUUGGAAAGAUCCUGAAACACCUUCAGAAGCUAGGGAUCAGUGAGAACACCUUCGUGUUCUUCACCUCUGAUAAUGGGGCUGCUCUCAUCUCAGCUCCCCGACAAGGAGGAAGCAAUGGUCCUUUCCUGUGUGGCAAACAAACCACCUUUGAAGGUGGCAUGAGGGAGCCAGCGAUUGCCUGGUGGCCUGGCCACAUCCCUGCAGGAGUGGUCAGCCAUCAGCUGGGCAAUGUGAUGGAUCUGUUCACCACCAGCCUGUCCCUGGCAGGGCUGCAGCCUCCCAGUGACAGACAGAUUGAUGGCAUCGACCUUUUACCUGUCAUGCUGCAGGACAAGCUAAUUGACAGGCCCAUAUUCUAUUAUCGUGGCAACGAGAUGAUGGCAGUGAGAGUUGGGCUGUACAAAGCUCACUACUGGACCUGGAGCAACUCCUGGGAGGAGUACAGCAAG